GUUACUGGUGGCAUGUCAGUUGCAUUUUUUCCUAGCUUUAGCUUGCGAUAUGUGGAAAAGAGAUAAAAUGUCAUGAUAGAAGAAUUAGAGGUUGUUUGAACAGAAAAGUGCCUGACAAAUGUAUUGCUUGUUCUACAAUGUAUUGUACUCCAAGAUUUCAAGACUGGUCAGUAGUUAGUCAAGAGCAUUUGAGUCAGCAUCGUAUCAAGCACACAGAAGAAAAAUUUGUGAGGUGCCAAUACACACUGUGGUCGGUCUCAAGGUCCAUUACAAUACCCUUCAAUGGCUUUUUUUGCAAAAAAGAAGAAAUUCAAGUUUCAGACACAUUUGACAUUGGAGGAGCUGACUGCAGUGCCUUUCGUGAACGGGGUAUUGUUCUGCAAGCUGAGAUUGUUGGACGGUGGAGACUUUGUUGCAACUUCAUCAAGAGAGGAGGUUCAGGAGAACUGUGUUUGCUGGAAGAAGAGGUUUACCUUUGUGUGUAAAAUGAGCACCAACCCCACAACUGGAGUGCUGGAUCCCUCCAUCUGUCGGGUCUCUGUGCGGAAGGAACUCAAAGGAGGAAAAACAUAUUCAAAGCUGGGUUUUACUGACCUCAACAUGGCAGAGUUCGCUGGCUCGGGCUCUGCAGUCCGCUGUUGUCUGCUGGAGGGAUACGACACCAAGAAUACUAGGCAGGACAACUCCAUACUGAAGGUGACUAUUGGGAUGGCCCUCCUAUCUGGAGAUCCGUGCUUUAAAACUGCCCCCAGCACAGCCAAGUCCAUCUCCAUCUCAGGCCAGGACCAUAUCCUGCAGCUGGACUGUAAGGGGGAGGGCACUGGAACCCCUAACCGGCCCACUUCUCUGGGCCGGUCCAUGAAGCCCAGGCCCUCGAUCAUCAGCUCAGGUCUUCCAGAGGAGUCAGACCAGACCCAGGCAGCUAGCCCAGGGGAAGUAUUCCAGUCGGGGCACUCUCGCAACUCCAGCUAUGCCAGCCAGCUGAGCAGGAUCUCAGGCUGCAGCACAGAGCACUCCUGCUCCUCUAGUAUGUCUGACCUCACACACAGGAGGAACACCUCCACAGGAAGCGGCACAUCUGGGGGCCUCAGUGUGACAGUAGACACUCCAACAGAGGGAGAGAGGCCAGGGAGACCCCCUCGACCCCCUCGGCCCGUCUUGCCAUCCAACAGACCCCCCAGGAGGAAGCAGGAUUCCGUGGAGAGCCAUCCCUCCUGGGUGAAUGACACCCGCAUCGAUGCCGACGAUAUUGUUGAAAAGAUCAUCCAGAGCCAGAACUUUGCUGACAUAAGUAACACUGAAGACAGUAACCUGCGACUGUUUGUCAGUAGAGACGGCACCACAUCCCUGAAUGGUUUACUGCGCAGUAACAGGGUGUGUGCUGGUGUGUAUGAGCAAGUGGUGAUAGAGAGCCAUUACGACUGGUGAAGAUUAAUUUUAAUUGAGGCCUCUGCAAUGAAGCUUGUGGACUAACUCUAAAAAUAUAAUGCAGUCAUCCUGGAGCACUGGCUGAGCUGGGAGCCAUGAGGAGGACAGUUUACACAAGUAUUAAUAACUAUCGGACAAAUGUAGUACUUUAAAGAAAAUACCAAUGCAUUUUUUUAUACGCUACUUUGUAAUGUAUUUUUCCCUUACAUGACCCAAGGCACCAGACCCUCUCUGUGAUGACCGUGCUAGUCUCGUCACCACUGAAGGAGACCUGGUGAUGGAGAAAGUCCUCAGCACUGUCUGACUGGUGUUUGUCAAAUUUAGACUGUAGUAUUUUGGCUCCCUCUUGUGGAGAAAUGGCUUACUGAGGGAUCAGUCUCUUUUAUUCAACCAACUAUCUCAAUGGCAUACUCCCAGGAUUCCUCUCCGCUCGUCCACUCGUUUCCUUCUCAAAACCCAUUGGAUGAGAAAGCCAGAGGUCCCUCCCUUCUGACCUUCUCUUCCAAAGGGGUUUGAGAAGGAAACGAGUGAAGAUUAUGUCCCCCAAAAACAGACAUCUCCUAUUCUGUCCAUUUUUUUGAAAAUCCAGAUCUCAAGGAACUGGAUAGGUGUAGCAGUUUCGGGAAGUUUUAUAUGCUAUAAGUUCUAAACCCAUUUGAUGGUUAUUUGGUGCAAACACCAGAGGUAAGAAGCUAGGUGUUGUUCUCAGAUUUGUACAUACAUAUUCAACAUACUUUUACACUAGUAGAUGUCUCCAAACAUGAUCUUAUGAAGGAUCAUGAUUUGUUUGUGUUUUCCAACCAGCUGGCUGGUUUGUUGUAUUUUUUAAAUUGAUUUUAACACUUCAAAUAUGGUGAAAAGGGUCCCUGUUGUAUUAUAUAUUUUAUAGAACGUCUCUCUCUCUCAUGUAUAAAAACUGUUCUCCUGCAUAACCUGAAUGUUAACUGUUAACCUUUCGAAUACUAUGUGACUAAAAUGACUUGUUAUGGACUGAAUGCUUGUAGGUCUGAUACACUUGUUCGGCGUAAACUUUUUUCAAUGUGCUGAUAACUAUCAUCUAUAAGUAGUCUGCCUAUGAAGACUGCCUUAAAUAAUAUCAGUCUGUGUACAGUGCCUUCAGAAAGUAUUCAUACCCCUAGCUUCCUCCUUUUCACUCUGUCAAUUAGGUUAGUUUUGUAGAAUAAUUGCAAUGUUGUUGGUCAAUCCUCAGUUUUCUCCCAUCACAGGCAUUAAUCUCUAUAACUGUUUUAAAGUCACCGUUGACCUCAUGGUGAAAUCCCUGAGCGGUUUAGUGCCUCUCCAGCUACUGAGUAAGGAAGGACACCUGUGUCUUUGUAGUGACCUGGUGUAUUGAUACAUCAUCCAAAGUGUAAUUAAUAACUUCACUAUAUUCAAUGUCUGCUUUUUAAUUUUUGCCCAUCUAUGAAUAGGUGCCCAUCUUUGCGAGGCAUUGGGAAAACUCCCUGGUCUUUGUGGUUAAACCUAUGUUUGAAAUUCACUACUUGACUGUGGGCCCUUUAUAUAUAAUUGUAUGUGUGGGGUACAGAGAUGAGGUA